AUGACUCCGAAUGUUUUAGAGAUUUGCUUCCAGCAAACUGCCCGAGCUCAGAUAUGGAAAAAUGUGCGGCUCUAUCGCGAGGAGAAGAGGUACUUAGCCAACCCUUAUCCUGAUCGUGGUGGCAACCCUCGAGACCAAAAGGGGGAUCUCAAAGGCGGCAAAGGCAAAGCCAAAGAAAAGGCCAAAGCUUCUGCGAAAGGAGGCAAGCCUGGGGCGGCAAGACCGGGCUCCCCGCUUUGGCUGGGCGGGGAAGCAGCCCAACAUCACAGCCAAAUAUCCGAGGCACAGUUUGUGGGGGGCACCGGUACAGUGGACAGGGACCAUCCCUACAUUGUAUCCAGGGACAGAAAGCAUGGUGACCCCUUCCCGCUUCCUCGGCUUGACAAAGAUUUUGCCUUCGCAGAAGAUUUCAAUUUUGAUUUGCGUGGGCUUUCUUCACUACACCUGCAGCUGGUCAACGAGGCGAUUCGUUCCGCCAACGGGCUGGCUGGUGUCUGCAUGCGAGCGAAACAUUCUGCUCUCUCCUUUCCCGCUGCCUCCAGAAAGAGGCCAACUUCAGUCCAGGUCACCAUGAUCAAUGACUUGGUUGCACGAAUCCUUGAAGUUGGUCCACCUCCUGAAGGCCUUCGAGAAGAUGAUGCCUUAAAGGAGCUUGCUGGAGCUUCCUACCUCUAUGAGGAGGCCAAUAAUCUUGCAAAAUAUGACCCUGAGAAAAUCAAGAUCUUCAAAAGGCGUCUGUACCCCUUGGAAGCCCGCAGCCUGUGCUCAAAAGAUGUGGAGGCGCAGCUGAAGCAUUUUCAACAUUUUGUGGAACGCUCAGAAGAAGAGAUUUUAGCAGCAUACCCUGAAGGCUUGGGGGUUGAGCCGUAUUGGGACCCUCAACUCAAGAAGUCCUUAAGAAACCGAGAAGACCUUUAUUUCAGGUUGUGGAAAGCAGGGUUGUUGUCGUUUCGUAGGAAGAGAAAAGCACUAAUUGCCUUCUUUGUAAUUAAAAAGAAGGAUGGAAUGCAAAGAUUGAUUUGCGAUGCUCGACAAGCGAACCGAUGUCAUAGACCUCCACCACCAACCAAAUUGUCCACACCCGCAGCCUUCGGCGGCUUGGACCUCACUGAGUAUAACAUCAUGGAACAAGGCUUUGGAGAAAUCUUUGGUUUACAUGAUGGUGAGGGUCCUCAGGAACAUCCUCCGCGGGUAGCAUGUCGGGGGAAUGAAGGUGAUGUAGGUGAUUGUUUUUACAACUUUACUAUUGAAGAAUUGGCUUCAUGGUUCUGCACGUUUGAUAGCUUUUCGGUGGAACGACUAGCUGAGCUAGGUAUGGAGCCAACAACCAUAUUUGAUGAUGAUCUUCAGAAGUACACUCCAGUGCAACCUGGGGAAGUACUGAUUCCCUGCUUCCGCGGGGUUUGUAUGGGUUGGAGCUGGGCACUUCACUUGGCGCAGUCCAUCGUCACUCACCAGGCCUCCCUUUCAGUCAACGGCGAUUCCUCAGACCUCUUGCUGGACAAGGCCAUUGUGCCGGAUAUUUCACCGUGUAAGCCUGUUAUUGGGGUUUAUGUUGAUAAUCUUCAAGUCAUUGGUGGCAGCGCGUCCUCAAUCAAUGAACGGAUAACUGGCAUUGUGAACACCUUCCAACAGUUGGGUAUUCCUUUUGUGGUAUCUGGAGACGAAGCCUUGGAUCGCUUUGAAACAUUAGGGCUGGUGUUUGAUUUGGAACGCCGCUGCAUCAGGCACCGUGCGGCAAGAUCUUGGCGGCUCUACAUGGCCACCCGGGCACUCCUCCGAAGAGGCAGGAUUCGGGGCGAAAUGAUGCGUGUGUGCAUUGGGCAUGUGGUUCACCAUUUUCAGCUGGCUAGAUGCAACAUGUCGGCUAUACAUGCGUGUUAUCGUUUUGUAGAAGCUUCGUUGGGCAAGCGUUCGCUGGUAUGGCCAAGUGUUCGGCUUGGGAUGAGAAUGGUUCUCGGCCUCAUCUUCCUGAAUGAAGCAGAUCUGCAAGCACCAUAUCACAACACAGUGUACCUAGGUGACAGCUCUUCACACGGGUUUUCACUUAUGGAGACCACAGCAACAGAGUUGGAAGUCAAGACUGCGAUGAGGUGUCAAGAGCGGUGGCGAUUCGUAGAAGCUCAUGUGGAGGUGCCCGACGGUGAGGUUACCCAUGGUUGCACCCAUGCUAGAGGUCAGUCUCCACUUCAAGGGUUGGCUUCCUCUACAACGUAUGGGAAAUCCGUUCGGGCUAAAGCUGAAGUACACAUGAAGAGAAAGAACAUCACACUCAAGGGUGAGAUACAGAGCACCAACACCGUUACAAUUGAAGUUCCCACAAUAUGUGAACCACUCCGCGAAUGCUGGCAUAAACCUGGCCGAUAUCGGUUGCUUGUUGCCAGGCCAUGGAAGUACAAGCUGGAGCACAUCAACCUGAAAGAGGCGCGGGUGUUGUUGAUGGGGCUCCGCCGGCACUGCCGCAGUGCGCAGAAUGCUCAUUGUAGAUUGUUGUCCCUCUCGGACAACCUCUCUUGUGUAUUAGCCUUCUCCAAAGGGCGAUCAAGUAGCUAUGCUUUGAACCAAUUGGUUCGAAGAAGCGCAGCUUAUUGCAUUUUUUUGGGGAUUCGGUGGCACAUUAGGCAUAUUCCUACUGGUGUAAACACUGCAGAUGCUCCUAGUCGAUGGUUUGACCCCUCUCCACCCAAAAAGUGGGCCAAAGCGGAGCAUGACAUGAUCCUGCGAACUGCCAUUUACGAUUCCUCGGCUGCAACUGGGGGCGCGAAGGAUGAGUAUGUGGGUAAGUUUGCAACCAGAGACAUUGAGCCCCAACGCAUCAACUUGGCAGACACACAAUGUUUCAGCAGUAGGGACAAGGAUUUUGACAUCCCAGAUAUUCACAUCCCGUCGGUCAUUCCUGUGGUUCUUCCUUUGUUUUUUCUCGAAGUAUUUGCUGACAGUGCUAGAUUGACAUCCUCUAUGGCUGCGAUGGGUUUUACGUGUUUGGCUGCAUUUGAUUUUCGUAUGGGUGUCGAAUUCGAUUUGACCAGGCCUUCAACGCAGAGCCUACUUCUGGCCUUGCUGGAGCGAGGCCUGGUUUGGUACAUCCAUUUUGGGCUCCCUGGCGCUUGCUGGUCCAGGGCAAGAAAGGGGAUAAAGAAUCAUGUGCGGGCUAGAGCCCGGGAAAAGGUGUCUUUGGAGCUCACCAUGUUCACUAUUGCUGCCUGCCGGAUUCAAUAUCGCAUGGGUUGGUUCUUUUCCAUUGAAAAUCCCCGAGGAUCUAGAGUUUGGGAAUUUCCCCCUUUGGUGGAUUUAUUCGGCCUUCACCAAGUUCAAUUUAUUCACUGGUCCAUGUGCAGUUACGGUAGUAUGUACAAGCAAGACACGUCGCUAUUGACAAAUAUGGCGUCGCUUCGGGCACUGGCUCGAGCGUGCACCAAGAAUCAUCAUCACGCCUCGCAAUGUGGCACUAAAAGGUUGCCUGCUAGCUGCAAGGUGAAAUCUGGAAACCCCACGGCUUGCGCUGGAGAGUAUCCGUGGGGCCUUGCCCAAGCGUGGGCCUUGGCGGUGUAUGAGCAAGCGCCACAGGCUGCUUUCCAAGCAGACGUUUCCAAUUUCAGCAGAGUUGUUGGCCAACGCUUCAAAGAAAUUGCGCAGCAGCGCCGUCCUCACCGCCAAUCAGCAGCUGAAGGCGAACGUGGGGCACUGCAUCUCCAGGCCCCCCAGCGGACCAGAGCCAAGGCCAAGACUUGCAGUCAGCCGAUCCUUUUCCGGCAGCUCACGAAUCAGCACUCGCAGUGGCUCAAGGAGCAAGGCGCUUGA